AUGAUCUAAUUUACGCGGAAUACUCGGGGCCGAAUCGACGCGCCGCUCAUGACUUUACACUAAGCCCUUUCUCGCCCCAAAUGGCAUCGUUCCCCGAUUCCGAAGUGCAGACGUGUCCGCUGUGUAAGGAGCUGUGUGGCUCCUCUGCUCCGAUCUCCUCCAGUUCAUCUACCUCCUCCUCGUCAUCGCAGACCUCCAACUCGUCUACUACCUCGUCCACACGAAGACUGCACGUCCUGCCGUGCCUGCACGCCUUCUGCAGGUCGUGCCUGGAGAGCCUGAGGAGCAACGGAGACCCGCUCAAGCUACGCUGCCCCACUUGCGACCAAAAAGUACCCAUGUCCGAGUCGGGCGUGGACGCGCUGCCGUCGUCCAACUUCCUGUUCAGCAACUUGCUGGACGUGGUGGUGUCCGCCGAGGAUCAGGGCACGAGCAGCUGCAUAGGCAGCGGGGGUCUUCUCCGUGCUCAGCACGUGCUCUCGGAGCCGCAGUGCAGCUCGUGCGAUGAAGGGAACGGCGCGAGCUCGCACUGCCUCGAUUGCCAGGAGUACCUGUGCGACAACUGCGUGCGCGCGCACCAGCGCGUCCGUCUCACCAAAGACCACUUCAUUGAAAGCCUGGCGGAGAACCUGCACAUGCCAGCACGCACCGGGAGCCACGGCACUACGCUCAGCCUCUCCCAGGCGUUUCACAACUUCUCACUGCUUCCGGUUUUCCAGGACCGAAUGGACUACUGUCAACAGCACAACAAUACGGUGCUGCGUUUUUUCUGCGAGAGUUGCUCUGUGCCCAUCUGUAGGGAGUGCAGUGUGGGGAGACAUGUGGGCCACAGUGUGUCCUACCUGCAGGACGUGCUGCAUGACUCCAGAGCGCUCACCAUCCAGCUGCUUGCAGAUGCACAGCAGGGACGACAGGCCGUGCAGCUAAGCAUUGAGAAAGCGCAAGCCAUCGCUGAGCAGGUGGAACUGAAGGCCAAGGUGGUGCAGUCAGAAGUGAAGACUACCACUCUGCGUCACAAGAAAGCCCUGGAGGAGCGCGAGUGUGAGCUGCUAUGGAAGUUGGAAAAGAUCCGCCAGGUGAAGGCCAAGUCUCUGUACCUUCAGGUAGAGAAACUUCACCAGAACCUCACCAAGCUGGACAGCACCAUUGCCACAGUGACAAAGGUGCUGGAGGAAGGUCGCAACAUAGACAUCCUACUAGCACGUGAGCACAUGCUGAAUCAGCUGCAGGAGCUCAAAGCACUGCGCUGCAUUCUGCAGCCACAGGAGGAUGACCGCAUUAUGUUCACGCCUCCAGAUCAGGCGCUUCUGAUUGCCAUCCAGUCCAUGGGCCUGAUAAGCAGUGGAGCCUUCGCAUCAGCCACCAAAGCCCAUGGGGAAGGUCUCAAGAGAGCUCUGCAGGGAAAACUGGCUUCCUUUACAGUAGUGGCAUAUGACCAUGAUGGAGAACCACGGUUGUCUGGUGGAGAUGGUGUAUCAGUGGUCUUGAUGGGUCCAGAGGGAAACCUCUCUAGUGCUGAUGUGUCUGACCAACAAGAUGGUACCUACACGGUUAGCUACCUGCCCAAGAGUGAAGGAGAGCAUCUUCUUUCUGUGCUUAUCUGCAACCAGCACAUUGAGGGAAGUCCCUUCAAAGUCAUGGUCAAAUCUGGCCGCAGCUACGGAGGUAUUGGUCUGCCUGUUGCAUCCUUUGGUGGAGAGGGUGAUGGUGAUGGACAGCUGUGUAGACCUUGGGGCAUCUGCGUUGAUAAGGAAGGCUAUGUGAUCGUGGCUGACCGAAGCAACAAUCGCAUACAGAUCUUCAAGCCGUGUGGCACCUUUCACCACAAAUUUGGCACGUUGGGCUCACGACCUGGCCAGUUUGACCGACCUGCUGGGGUUGCCUGUGACAGCCAGAGAAGAAUCAUUGUGGCUGACAAGGACAAUCACCGCAUCCAGAUCUUCACCUUUGAUGGGCAGUUCCUCCUCAAGUUUGGUGAAAAGGGAACCAAAAAUGGGCAGUUCAACUACCCUUGGGACGUAGCUGUCAAUUCGGAGGGAAAGAUUCUUGUCUCGGACACGCGCAACCACCGGGUACAGCUGUUCGGCCCUGAUGGGAUGUUCAUCAACAAGUAUGGUUUCGAAGGUGCCCUCUGGAAGCAUUUCGACUCGCCUCGAGGAGUUGCCUUCAACCAGGAAGGUCACCUAGUGGUGACUGACUUCAACAAUCAUCGCCUGCUCGUCAUCAGGCCUGACUGCCAGUCUGCUCGCUUUCUUGGCUCUGAGGGAACAGGUAACGGGCAGUUCUUGCGUCCACAAGGCGUAGCCGUGGACCAGGAGGAUCGCAUUAUUGUGGCUGACUCCCGUAACCAUCGUAUUCAGGUGUUUGAACCCAAUGGCAACUUCUUAUGCAAGUUUGGGACUCAGGGUAGUGGCUUCGGGCAGAUGGAUCGCCCAUCAGGUAUAGCCGUUACCCCUGACGGAAUGAUUGUAGCCGUUGACUUUGGAAACAAUCGAAUCCUCAUCUUUUGAGCUAGUGUUCAAUGUUAGAAAUAUAUGGAGGCGGAGGAGGAAAAAAGAAGGUUUAGGUACACAAUUAUCAGGAGCAAACAUGGCUGAAUGUUGAAAAUAUGGCAGUAAUGGUUAGAUUCUUUUAUACUCAUCUAUAUCUAUUUAUCCUGAUUGUAGUAUGAUUUGCGCUGCUGGCGGAAGUGUUCAUCUCGUGCACACGCCAUUUAUCAAAGAGAAGGAGUAGAGCAAAAAGACUGGUCGCUAGUAGUGUUGCUAUUUUGCUCUUGAUCUGAGUUUUGAAAUCUUUAUUUGUUUGAUUUUUUUCUCAGGGAAUUUUCCAGCAUUCUUGAAACAUUUUUCUCUCUCUGCAUUAUACCUACCUCAUCUAGCUUGUGUAUGAAUGUAUUCUCUUGUGUGCGUGCAGCGUCUGUGAAGUUUUAUAAAGACGUCUACCUCAGUGCUAUUUUUAUUUUAUUUUUUUUGUCGUCAGAGAACAUAACAUAAGAAAUGAAGCAAUGUUUGGUUGAUAUUUGCACAGUUCGCACAAAUUUCUCCUGAUUGUUACUGUGCACAUAACACAGGCAGGACCCCUGAAUGUUUGAGUACAGUGAUGCAGUAGACCAGGGCUGCAUGUCAGCGGGAACAUUUGGAUACUGUUUGGAUAAAUCUACUGUUUUGUGUUAUGUUUUUUAAAUCGGUUUUCAUUUGUCGUACCUCAUCUAAACUUCUUACCUCAUAACCUAAAUGUACCUCUGUGUACAAAUGCCUCAUUGUACAUACCUCACUUUGUGUUGAUUUCCUUUAAAGAUGUGUAAGUCUCCUGAAAUGCAUGAUGGUUUAUAGGGUGGCUAGUAAGGCUUUUUUUUUUAAUUACUGGUAGGUCUUUUAGUAUAGAUUCACGCCUAGAGUUUGAGUAAUGCAAGAAACUACUUGCUCCCUUUGUUAUAGAAAAAGAAGAAAGGGGCAGAGAUCGUUGUAUGAAGAUUUGAAUCGUUUUUGGGACCUUGGAUUGAAUUGAAUCAUCCCAUUUUUGGUUAUUUUUGUAUGUCUUAUAUAUUUUAAAUCUAACAUCAUCUAGCACCAUUUAAGAUGAAGUGAUUAUCAGAAUUAUUGGUUGGCACAUUGGUUUGCUGACUGGCUGUUGCUGCAAGCUUGGAUGUAAUCCAAACCCUAUAGGACGACAUAGUUUAGUUUGAUAAAAAGUCCUUUUUGAAUGUCUGAAAUCUAUUUAUUGGCCAAGAAAGCGCUCUAAAAGUAAGAGCUGAAUAAGAUCUCCUCAAAGACCAUUUGCUCAGUCAGUGGAACACAGUUUGAAAGCAUCAAUAUUCAACUGAGUGUGGUCUAAAAUAAGAGAUUUUUUUUUUCUUUAUUUGUGGGGGAACCACUUUAAUGAUUUAAUGGUUGCCUGCUUCUCUUGAAUGUUGAUCAAAAAGAAAGCAUUUGAAAGCAACAAAAAAGACAAGCACUGACAUCCUGAAAAUAAACAUUUUCCCCUUUAUUUAACCCAUCUACAGAAAUGUCAUGCAAUGAAAAACCCAUCUGGAAACUACAAGGAGAGUUUCAUUGAGAGACAAUGAAGAAUGUACAUCCUAGAACCUGCCAUAUCCUGACCACAUGCCCUUUCCAGGGCCUAAAUCCCAAAGCUGAUCUGUCAGGUGUUGCUCUUGUUUAGCUCCUCGUCUGGAUGGGCAUUUUGUGUUUUAAGCUGCUUCUGCAGAUGAAACUUAUGAGAGCUCUUUUUUUAUGAUGGUGUGAGUGUGUGUCUCAGGUAAAGACAAGUACAUUCACAAGGUAAAUGUUAUGUGGUUUUAAUUUGACCUUAUAGAGGCUCCAAUUGUGCAUUCCAUUUUACAGCAGAACAUUCAAAUUCAAAUUCAAAAGUAUCAAUAAAGAAAAAAGCACAGCAGCAUUUCAGUAGACAAAAACACCUAGUCCCUUAUGUUGUAGUGUUAUGCUGAUAGUAUUUUGCAUCUGUUUGCUCAGUCAGAUUUGUCUUUCUGGUGCCCAGAAGUCUACACUUUGCCAAAUAGUAACCAUUGGGAAUGGUCAAGUGCCAAAACAAAGUGUAUAUGUGGGACACUUGCUCUGAGGCUGCUCUUAAGAUUGGUUUCCUAUCAAAUCAGUUCAUUAGUGCGACUUCAACUCUAUGGAGCACCUUUUACACUGCAGUAUCUUAAUAUGUAUCUCAGCAGAGUGUAACAUUAACUGUGCUGUUAUAUAUGAAGGGACAUAUUUCGAAAGCCUAAUUGACCUGCUUGUUCAUUGGUCCAAAUGCAGUGAUUGUAGAUCAGUGGAGAACCUGAUCCCAGAGUCACAGGAUGAAUUUAGGCUGGUGGCGAGUUAAAAACAUGUGCUAGUCGUGUGCUAGAGCUGCUGUGGAACAUGAACAGUGUGAGCAUUGGGCAGUUAUGAGAGAAUUUGCUGCUUUGAAAUCUUCACACUGAUUUCAGUAUUAAUGUCAGCUGUUUGAUUUGUGAGGUUUAGCUGCAGCUCUGUCCCCAGAGAACCAAAGAAAUCUCUAUAAGAGAAACAUUUGCAUGCUUUAAAAGCCCUUGUUGGUAAUUUUAUUUGAAAUGAGGUGAUGAAGAAAAAGCAGACACUUAUUAUUAUAUACCAAAAUAUAUAUAUAUAUAUGUUCCUAUGUUGUGGUGAACAACUUUGACUACAAGUUUUCUAUUAGUCAUUGAUGGAUAGCUUUACAGAGCAAGGUACUGUGUGUGAGUGUGGGGGAGAGACUAGGAGAAAUUACAUUCAUAUGCCUUAACACUGCUGCAUUGUAUUAUGUAACUUUACUUUCCUCUUCUGAAAUUUAAUCAAACUGGAAACUGCCAAAGAGUUUGCUCUGUUGCUUUUUUGUUUUCCAUUUGCCCCCCCCCCAAUUUAAUCCCUCACUGAUGUCCUCAUAUGUUUGACACAACAUUUACACUGAGCUACACUAAAAUGUACCAAUGUCCAAGUACAGUUGAAAAAAGCAGUUGUGUUGAUUUGUGCUUAAGAAGAAAACCUUUUCAGUCAUACCCAGGAGCCAUCAUGCGUAGAGGCAUAGGGCCUCCACCGAGCAGCCACACAGAACAACCCUCCAGUAUGUCAUCAGUGCAUUUUCGAUAUGUGGUGGUUAUUAGGGAAAUCUAGUUUAUAUUAUAGGAAUAGUUUUGUAACUUCUUAGACAAUAUGGUGCCAGAACAGUACAGUAAAUGGGUGCACAUGUCUAGAAGUUAUUAAUCAGGCUCAAACAUUGGCCUUCAGUAUGUCUAGUCACAUCAUACUGUGUCAUGUUUGGACUUCUGGUCAGCGUCUCUACGGGUUUCCCACCAUUUGUGGUGUAUUCCAGCUUUUGAUCUGUUUCCUAAUCUUGGAAAAGCAGAAGGAAAGUGUAAACAGUUCAGAAGUGCAUGGUCUCUUUUUUUUUUUUUUAAUGAUUGUAUUACCUAAGAAGAAGAAAAAAAAAAUCCCCAAAACUCAGGUAGCUUUAUAGAGAUUUGAUUCAAAGUCAAUAUUUGUUUCUUACAGUAAAUCCUUUGUUAGUACUCCAUAGGAUUUAGUAUCUAUUUUUUGUGUGUGCAUUAUUGUAUUUAUCUACAAAAAAUAUCUUUGCUGUGUUUAAAUUCAACAGGAUCCUUCACAGCCAAAUUUUACUGUGUGUGUUCAUUUUCAGACCCAGACUGAGGGGAAAAAAAUCAUAUUCAGAAAAAUAGUUCAGUUAAAUCAGUCAAACAGCACUAAUGCAACAAUGUGGAGAUAUUUUUGAUAAGUGUAAGAUUACAUUGGUUACUGUAUUGAUGAACAAUGUAUUCAAUGUUCAAUAUAUUACAAAUAUGACAUGUUUCCUCAUCAAAAUGUUUGUUUGUUUGUUUAUCUUGAUGGCAACAAUCCAACCAUUUCUACUAUAGUUUUCAUUACACUUUCAUUACAGUCAUCAUAGCUUUUAAUUCCUUGAUCACACAUUUGGUUGUGAGACAAAUGCAAAGGGACAUGUGGAGAGAUUGCUGCCUAAACUCAGACCUGGCAUCAGUUUUAUCCUUUAAAAUCUAACUGUUAGGGUAGGAUCAAAACAGCAAAGCCAGAUUCCAGGUCUGUUGUCUUUUUAGGUGGAUGUAACAUUUAGUAUCCUCCACGAGGUCCUCUUUUGCUCUCUAAACAGUAUUUACCAUACAUAAAAUACUCAUGGAUUUUGGUCGGCUGCUGUACUUAGAGGAGGCUGUAUGAAUUAUUUGGUGAUCUACAGUCUUGUGCUUUUGUCUUUGUUGACUUUAAACAUUUUCCUAUGCAGAUUCUUAUUUUAUGUUCAGUUCUUUAUGCUUAAAUAAACUUGUUGGGAUCCUGAA